AUGAAGGUGAUUGUGUUAGGAGCUGGGAUAAACGGCACAACAUGUGCGUUGAAAAUAAAAGAAAAAUACCCGGAUUAUGAUGUAACGUUGUUAGGUGCGCAAUUUAGCCCAAACACUACUGGGGAUGGCUCAGGAGGCCUUUGGUACCCUUACUUUUGUGGAAAAACACCAGAAGCUUUGAUUAGAAAAUGGGGUAUCGAAACCUACGGUCAACUUCUUUAUCUUUGGCGGCAAGGUGGUUAUGGUAUAAGUCUACAACCAGUUUACGCGAUGUAUAGAGAUGGGACACACUCAGCGCCAGAGUGGACCAAUCACGUUUUUGGUUACGUGGAGCUGGACAGCAAACAGUUGGAGUAUUUUAAUAAACUCUUUUCUGUUCAGUAUGUAGCUGGCAACACAUUUAACACAUUCGUUGUUAAUCCAUCCACUCUUUUGAAACGACUCGAACAACAAUUAGACGAAUUGAAAGUUACAAGAAAGCAAGGUAGUGUGAAAUCACUGACGGAUUCCAUGUUAAGGCAUUAUGACGUUAUUAUAAAUUGCACGGGUUUAGGAGCUCGGGAAGUAGUCCCCGAUGACAAAGUGCACCCAAUAAGGGGACAAAUACUUAAGGUAGACGCGCCCUGGGUGUUCUACACUAUCCAAGACAAAUGCUCGGGUCACUAUAUAAUACCAAACGACACAUUUUGUGUACUUGGCGGUACUGGUCAAGCGAACAACUACAGUACCGAGGUGAAUAACGAUGACACAGAUUUUAUUGAAAGAGGCUGCCACAAUUUAAUACCGUCAUUAAAAACCGCGAACAUACAAAAAUACUUUGUUGGACUACGACCAGCCAGAGAUGAAGUUCGCGCAGAAGCUGAGAGGAUAAACGGAAAAUUGUAUAUUCACAACUAUGGUCAUGGUGGAAGCGGAUUUACCUUAUUCUGGGGAUGCGGGAGUACAGUUUUAGAAUUAUUUGAAAAGCACGUGGCUAUAAAUAAUACAAGCAAAUUGUAA